AUGUCUACCGCCGCGGCCGCCGCCAUACGUGCACUCACCUCCGCCACCGCCCUUUCCGAACGCCUCGCCGGGGCUCUGAGUCUUGCAGCUCUGUUGCUGCCAGCAUCGCCUACGCAGCCGGCGCUGCAGUCUCGCGAGGCCACCUCGUCAACCCAGGACCUACGUGUAUCCACCCUCAGCGCCGCCCUCCGCGGUCGCCUCGCCCGGUCUCUUCUUGCAGCUUUGUCAGGCCUUUGGCCUCAGCGUUCAUCUGUCUUGUGGAUAUAUAGCUCAUUUGUAACUCGCCUCUUAUUAACUACCGUGCCUAUUUUGCCGCGUGUCAUCGACGUCCGAACCUCCGAAACGCAAGCUGCCUCAAGUUUGGAGGCACACUAUGUGAAAAUUUCAAAAAUCUUGACCCUACCCUACGAGUCAAAAAGGUGCCCUAUAACCCUCUCCAAAUACUCCAUCGUCGCGCUCAAGGACCUCUCGCACAGCUCGAAAGGCGAGAUGCUCCUGUACGUCACCAUCGACACCAAUACAUGGGCAAAGGCGCAGUUCCCGCAUGCCACGUCCGCGCAUCUGCGCGAGAACGCGUACACGAUGCUCGAGUUGACGACGCACUCGAUGACGAUGGAUAUGACGCUCCAGGACAAGGGCAGCAUCGGCACGCUCUUCGUGAGCAACUCGAACGGGAGGUUCUUUGUCGAGAGCUUGAAGGACACGGACAGGAACUCCGCGGGGUAUGUCAACUCUGAAAGGAUAUACGGCGUUGAGGGCAUUGGGCUGGCAAAUAUCGUGUCGAAUGCGCAGGAUGUGGAGGGCCGCGGGGCGGAGAAGCGGGUCUGCCACACCUCGGACGCCGAAACGUGUAUCAUGAAUGUUGAGUAUCCGGGGCAUGAUGACUUUGGGCUUUGGAAUCCUAGUGAGGAGCGACCUGAGCAACGCCUCUUCGGACGACAGGCCCUCUCGGCUUGCGCCAUUUCCCUUCUCGACCAACGCCAUUACGUGAAUUUCGGUUGGUUCGACUUCCUCAACAACGCCCUCAGGCCUCAGGACUCGUCCAACCAUUGUCAUUAUCCGACCCCCUCCCGCUCUGGAGUCCUCACGUUCCCGCCUCAAGCUCACCUUCGCGUUAACCGCCUCCCAACGCAGCUGCCGCCCCCUUUUAAGCCCACAUAA